UGAAGAGUGAGCUAGCAGAACUUCGUAAGGUGAAACAGUGGGGAUCCAAUGGGCGCACAAGGCACCUUGGUUAGGGAGGUUAGGGGCCGGUCUAGGACUUGCCGCAGGAGGAAGGACAGCCUCAGAGCAUGCUCAGAGGUGGGAAGGGAAGGAGGAGAAAGCAAGCAAAAGGGGGCCAUCUGCUUUAUCUGAAGAUUUUCAGCUGAUGAAGAACUAGGAGGCUCAAACACUAUCUUACCUGAGUCCAGGACAAGUGACUUGGAAAGUGUGCUCUUCUGUGGCAGGAUCAGGUCUGUCUAGGGCAGGAUGGCCCAGGAUCUCAGCGAGAAGGAUCUGUUGAAGAUGGAGGUGGAGCAGCUAAAGAAGGAAGUGAAAAACACAAGAAUUCCGAUUUCCAAAGCGGGAAAGGAAAUCAAGGAGUAUGUGGAGGCCCAAGCAGGAAACGACCCUUUUCUCAAAGGGAUCCCUGAGGACAAGAAUCCCUUCAAAGAGAAAGGCGGCUGUCUGAUAAGCUGAUGGCACGGAGCCCCGCCCUGAGUGUCUGUCCCUCUUCAGCCAAGCCCAAGUCUCCUAGACCCCCAGUGAGCCAAUGAAGUGUCACCUUCUCUUCAUCACAGAAUGAGUAAAGAUCCCUGAACAAAUGCAUUGUGAACCCAUUCCCCACUCCCACUUUCCACUCUUUUCUCCCAUUAUUUCCUCCAUCUGCUGGGUCUCUGCUGACUUUGCUGGAACACUCUGAGGACAGUGUGGCUGGCCAAGCAGUUGGCCCCAGGGGUGGUGGGGUGUGAGGAGCCUACGAUACCACGAGACCCCAGAGGGCAGUCCUUAGGAAGCAUUUACACCACCUUAGAACCCCUCCGUCUUUUCCCUCCACUCUCUUCCUAGGAAAAAAGCAUUUCCACGCCAGAUUAGUUUGGGUUGGGGGCGGUCCUGUCCCCCCAUAUCAUGUCCUACCCUGUGAUCCUGUUCCUAGUCAUUUAGAUCACCCCAGAUGGCCUGAUGACAACAGGAGUUUGUGAAGUUAUGA